ACGGGUUUGCAGCACGUUUGACCUAGCCUCGGCUUGUACGCCCGGCACACUGGGCCUCUUUCUGUCGACUCUGCCUGAAACGACCUGCGGGAACAACAGAUGGUCGACCACAACUCGAUGUGCAACAGAGACAAAUGAAUUGACACAGCAAUUUUAUUGAAUUCCUGCUGUGACAGUGCUGUCACACAGUCACAGUGGUGGCUGCAGUUACUAUGCGUCGGCUCGCGCUACAACUCUGCGUCGUCGCGACGGCGCAUUCAGCGCGUCUCGUCUAUACAACGCCCGGGAGCGCCGAACGCCUUGAAAUUUGCGUGCCAGCGAAGGCCGGCUCGACGACGAUAUUUCAUGCCCUCCAUCGCGCGAUCGUCGGCACCGAGUUCAACGCAUCUACCUCCCCCGCCCGAGUCGGCCCGACCCUCGGGUAUGUGCAAAACGUCGCGGCUUGGUCCCGGGAACGCGCAUGCGACCAGUCGCGACGGCGACGAGAGGGCCCGGAUCCGCUCGAGGGAGAACUCCGGCCCAUCGCGCUCGUCGUAGAUGUAGAAUUUGUCGAGCGGCGCGUUCGCCGAGGCUUGGCUCUUGCGCGAUGAUGCGCGGGCCGGCUUCGCUGGUUUGUCGGCCCAUGGCGUCCAGCCCGGCCCGUUGACGCAGCUCGUGAGUCGGCUCGCUACCAGUUUGAGGAGAAGCAGGCCGCCCAACGUCGCGCGCAUUUGCUUAUUUUACAGCGCACCGUCUGGGCGGCGUUCCUGGUUGAGAGAAUUUAAGCGGCGUGAUGGAGAUGGUUUCAGGCUUUCAGCCCUGGGCGGUGAUGAGGUGAGAAUGUUGUCUCUGCCUGUUUAUAGCAUGAUAACCACACACAAAUUUCCGGUAGAGAGCUGAGCGCCGCAAGCGGUGCAAAAGUGGUCGGAUAACGUGAAAAACCCGCGC